CUCAAGUGAAAAAGUGAAUAUUGUGUACAACUUACAAGGGACGCUUUCAAAUAAUUUUAUUUUACAGAUAAAUUGAAUUAAACUGUAAUAAAUUUAAUUGUCCGUAAUACCUAAAAGCAAUAAUGUCGCGAUCAGUGCGUGCUGAAACCAGAAAUCGCGUCAAAGAUGAUAUCAAGAGAGUCAUGCAAGCUGUUGAAAAAGUUCGCCAUUGGGAGAAGAAAUGGGUAACUAUCGGCGAGACGACCAUGAAAAUUUACAAAUGGGUUCCCAUAUCCACAAACGAGCAGAAAAAGAAACAUGCUGCCAAACGGGAGAACAAGGAAAAUACUCUCACUCCCAAAAAAAUGCACGACUCAUCCAAUUCCAAUUUCGGAAUGGCAGAGGAUUCUAACACAUGCUUUUCAACUGUGAGUGAUUCUCAAGGACCAACUGACUUUACAUCGACACAACUAAACUUCUCCGAAGACUCAAACUCACAGAGCAGCGGUACCACAACCCCAGCAAAAAGAUUAAAAACUGACUGAGUCGGUAAAAGUACAUAUAAGGACUGUGAAUAACACAAGAAUGUAGUGUGUGGUGAAUGUGCAACGUGACUGGUUCCCCGUGCUCGUGACAAAUUAUAUGUGUAUAUAACAAAGUGUAAUGUUAAUUUUAUGUAAUGAGAUGAAAGGUGUUAUCA